AUGUCAAAACCGGAAAAAGCUGGAGCGCAACAAACGUCACUUCUUGAUGUCCUCAAGAAAAAGAUGCGACAAGCUCGAGAAGAAGCAGAAGCAGCAAAAGAUGAAGCAGAUGAAGUGAAAAGACUUUUGGAAGAGGAACGAAAGAAACGUGAAGAUGCUGAAGCGGAAGUGGCAGCGCUAAAUCGUCGGAUUGUGCUUGUUGAGGAGGAUUUAGAGCGGACAGAGGAUCGUUUAAAAAGUGCUACAGAAAAAUUAGAGGAAGCAUCAAAAGCAGCUGAUGAAGCUGAACGCGCACGUAAAGCAUUGGAAAAUCGUAUUGAUGUGGAUCACGAUCGUUGCGGUGAGUUGGAACAAAAAUUACGUGAAGCUCAAGCAUUACUGGCUGAAACAGAAAAUAAAUCAGAUGAGGUAGCUCGUAAAUUAGCUAUGGUUGAAGCCGAUUUGGAACGAGCUGAAGAGCGUGCUGAAGCCGGUGAAAACAAAAUUGUGGAAUUGGAAGAAGAGCUUCGUGUUGUUGGCAAUAAUUUAAAAUCUUUGGAAGUAUCUGAGGAAAAAGCUUUACAACGUGAAGAUUCGUACGAGGAACAAAUUCGUACAGUUUCAGCACGUUUGAAGGAGGCAGAAACACGAGCAGAAUUUGCUGAACGAUCAGUUCAAAAAUUACAAAAGGAAGUUGAUAGACUUGAAGAAGCCAAGGAACUUUCGGACAAUAAAGUGAAGCAACUACAGGAGGAACUCGAUCGUUUGUUAAGCGAGCUGAAUACUGUUUGA